UGACACUAUAAUCCGAAGAGUCCAUGCAUCAUACCAUGUUUCGUGUAUUUUCGAUCGAUUUAUUUUCCUCUAGGACGGCAAAAAUUCGCUGGUGUUACGCUUCGGUUUGUAAUUCUGGACGGAUGUCGAAUCAGUUAUAUUAGGCUCUCUGUCUGUUUGUCUGUGGCAUGAAAUAUUAAUCAUGGCAAAGUAUAAUAAUGUGGCAUUUUUGAUGUGGUGCAUAUUUAGGUCAUAACAAUAUUACCAGGUGUACAUCACGCUUGUGCCAUCAAAGAUGAACAUUGCUUGUUUGUUUGCUGCUAUGGCUUUUUUCAUAGAAGGUAAGUAAGAAAAUGAAAAGACCGAUUUAAAAAUCUUAAUCUUACUCGUCUCUCUUUGCCCGUCUGCUAGUUGAUCGACAAAAGUCCGGCGCUUUUGGCAAGAUAUCAGUAUGAAGCCUAGUUAUCUUUGGAAUUAUCCGGGUCUUUUCAAAGACAAUAAUUUCCCUUUAGAAAACGGCUGGUCGCGUAGGUACUAAUUUCCGGCUAUGUUUUAACGAAUAUGUCUUUAUAUUUUGGCACUCGUAAGUUCUUUUGAACCGUUCAUUGCGUUCAAUUAAGAAACUUAACGCUUUGAUCCUUCGUAGGUGGUCAACUGAAUUUUUAUGACGCUUUUGUCGUGACACACAGUCACUUUCACUGCCGCCAAAUAAACAUGAGAAAAAUAAUCAGCUUUAGUUAUUGAAACUAGCACGCACUGAGCCUUCAUCUGUCAAAAAUGAAACAAGUGAAUCAUUAUUGUAACUGGGAGCACUGAAGCUUUUCUGCUUUUGAAACUUGCCGUUGAACUGAAACGCUAUUAGUGCAUAUUGUCAAACUGCUGCUUCGGCGAUUGAAAAUGAGGGUGAUAUUUUGGAACUCUUCAGGUCCAAGUUAAAAUAAAUAUAUUCAAAGCAUUCAAGAAUCGCUGCACAAGUCAUUUAUUAUUUUCCGCAAAUCCAGCAUGACUCGAAUGAUCCGAUAAAGAAAAAAUUUGCAUAAUUUUAGGGUUCCAAUACAAAUUCGCAGUCCUACCGUGUGUUUGGGUAGGCUUCCCCAUGGACCACCUGCCGUUCUGCCGACAGAACUACCGAUUCUAGCUACGAGACGAGCUCUUUUUUUGUGCAUUUGCACCCAAAUAUUAUUGUUAUCUAACGAAGACACUGCCUUGUGUUAUGUGAUGUUGAGAAAUAAAAUGUUUCACGAGUUUUCCAUCCAAGUUUAUGAUGCUACCCAAUGAUCUAUAUUCCAAAGUAAACGUUCUUUGGGUCUUUUUCGUUUAUUGUUUUGUUUAUUGUUUUAUUUGCCAAAAAUUAUACAAAUCAAAUAAAAUCUAAUUACUUAAACUCUCAUGGCGAGGAAGCCCAAGAGAAGCCACCGGGCUUAUAAGGAAUGGGCUCCCUCAGUUAGAUAAUUAGACGUGUUUAGCCUGUCAACGCUUAUUUCUAAACUGGUUUCUCUUUGAUUGGCUGAUUUAAUUGGGAUCAGCUAACGUGACAAAAGUGGGCGGCAUUCGAAAAAUCAUGGUUCUCUGGCAGGCGGUAUUUCUCAAGGCUUCGCCGCUCGUGACGGCUCCGCCGUCAAAUCUAACUCGACUAUAUUACAACGGCUCCGCCGCCAAAUCUCACUCGACUACUACACAAUACCGCCAGCUACGCAGGCUAUGAGACGAGCUCUUUUUUUGUGCAUUUGCACCCAAAUAUUAUUGUUAUCUAACGGAGACACUGCCUUGUGUUAUGUGAUGUUGAGAAAUAAAAUGUUUCACGAGUUUUCCAUCCAAGUUUAUGAUGCUACCCAAUGAUCUAUAUUCCAAAGUAAACGUUCUUUGGGCCUUUUUCGGGAAGCUGUCGUGGAUUUCCGUAAGACUUCGUAACUCAAAUGGUCGGUGUGGUAUGAGUUGGCUUUAGUCAGUAAGUACAAUGACUGAAGCAAUCGGUAUUUUUAGCUUGAGAUGUAACAAUUUUAUGGAACCGCCACAAUUUUGAAACAUAAUAUUCUGAACCCUUGUCUGAACUUUCGCGCUGUUUUAGUACGCAAAGGAUUUUACUCGUUGUUUGUUAUACGGUAAUUGUGAGGCGGUCGUGGUCAAAGAGAUUGUAUAAUUGUGUAUCUAAACCACCAACUCGGUCAGUAACUUUUGCUCAGCCUAGUCAUUAAACGGCUUCUUCCCAGGCCUUCUAGGUCAAUGCAUUCAGCACGGACCACGUGACGCGAAACGCAUAGCCCCGCACGGAAUAAUGAGGCCUAGUGAAUAGGCAAACCUUUGACCAGGUUUUAACGAAGCGAAGCCAUAGCCUAAUUCUCAGACGUCCGAAUUCGCUUCUCUCCCUCGGGAGAGGGAGAGGGAAACAAAUGGCCCCUCGAACGACCUCGGACGUCCUGAGAAUCAGGCUAGUCAGCCAAAGAAGUCAAAGAAUCUACAACAUCGUUCCUACAGUCCUCUCAUUUACUCGUCCCCUAGCUAGAGAGACGAGCCCUAGGGGCCGAGAGAGUGGGAGAGAAGUCAGGUUGCCUUCUCAGUUGUACGCUUUGCCGUCCCACCCAAGGUCACCUAAGGGCACAGUCAGACGUUGUGGCAGUUCACACUAGGAAAAUUCUUAACAUUUUCAUCGUAGUAUAUACUGGCUAUCGUUAGUGCGAAUGCCCGUCAUUCAUUACAAUUCAUAUCAGGCUUGAUAUAUUGUUAAGGGUAACUGGGCUCUUAAAAGAUCUUUUAUAUGUCCAAUACGGGUCAUUAUAUAUCAUCAAUAGCUCAAACACUGGAAAACUCGUUGUCUUAAUUGCUCGAGCAUUUUUUGUGCUGUCCUAACGAAAUGAUGCCAAACGGUAGGUCAAUGAGAAAGUAGAGCUACAAUUAUAGAUGAGCAGUUACAAUAAUCAAAAGAAAGAGUUUAGUUAACCUAUUAACUAUAAUGAUGAANUAUCGUUAGUGCGAAUGCCCGUCAUUCAUUACAAUUCAUAUCAGGCUUGAUAUAUUGUUAAGGGUAACUGGGCUCUUAAAAGAUCUUUUAUAUGUCCAAUACGGGUCAUUAUAUAUCAUCAAUAGCUCAAACACUGGAAAACUCGUUGUCUUAAUUUCUCGAGGAUUUUUUUGUGCUGUCCUAACGAAAUGAUGCCAAACGGUAGGUCAAUGAGAAAGUAGAGCUACAAUUAUAGAUAAGCAGUUACAAUAAUCAAAAGAAAGAGUUUAGUUAACCUAUUAACUAUAAUGAUGAAUUUUCAUUUCUUAUUGAUUGACUUUUGCAGGUUAUUUAUGCGAGAAAAACGUAGCGUGUGCCCAAAGAACUCUUGAUGGCAAUUGCUGUCAGUUUCCAUUUUAUUACAAGAACACGAAAUACAAAAGCUGCACAAGUCAUGGAGAUGUUAACAAUCGCUUUUGGUGCGCUACAGACUACAAGUACGAUAAAAAUCACACUGAAGGCUGGGGAUACUGCAAAUGUAAGGCUCAGCUAACUCCCCGGGGGGUACUCCUGUGAAUUCUUGGUGGGAGUGUGCGUGUUGCGCGGUUCUCCAAGUCUUGACCCUAUUUCAGACCAAAAGACGUCAUUUUUUCUCACCCGUUUCCAGACCAGGGGCCCGUUUCUCGAAAGUCCCGGUAACUUUUCGGGCCCGAAAUCAAAUAUUCAAAUCGAAACUCCCAUAAAGAAAGGCAAAAAGAAUAAGAGCGCGGGUCCUGGCAGGCAAACUACUCUAUUUUGUUUCAUUAACUGACAGUUUUAUCAUGUUAGAUGCCAAACUAUUGAAACCUCGACCUUUAAUGUAAACGGAGACAGCUUACCGGGCCCGUUAAUUGUCGGGACUUUCGAGAAACGAGCCCCUGGCCUCUAAAAUCCAUAACCAUUUUGAGACCUGGUCUCUAAGGAAUUAUGUCAUCGUUACUUAGAUUAGAACAGUAGCAAGAAAGAUUUCGUAAAAUCCACUUCCGGUCGCCUAUUUCUCUUUUCUUUCUUACUCAUUUGGAAUUGAAGGGAUCAAUACGUUCUAUAUGCUCCAGUAGUUCCCUUGAAAACCAUACCCGAUGCCAGACCAAAUUGAGCAAAGUCUAUUCAAUUUUGAAAGCAAGGAUCAACUUCCAUAAAAGAAGGACCGGACCCUAAUAAAGGAUCUUAUCAGCUAUAAUAGGAUAUAUAGAAACAAACGAAGCAAGGCUGAUUUUACAUUAGGGAAUAUAUAUUUUUCUUUUCCCAAUAUUAUAGUAUGUAAGACCCUGAAGGAAGGCCGUGCCUUCCGAAAUAUUGGUAAAAGAAAAACCUAUAUUCCCCACUGUAAAAUCAGCCUAGCAAAGUCUAUACCCGUUUUCAGACCAAAACGCCCUUUGCCGUAGUGCCAGUCGUGCAUUAAGUUUUGUUUUAUGGAGCAAAAACCCUGCUAUAGGGAGGCACAUACCUGUAUGACUUGUAUAAGUACCCCUCCUCCCCCCCAACGAGGUUUUUAACUUUGGGUGUCGAAAUAAAACGAAGGCUAAACUUCCUUUUGUUAAUCCCACGAAACUAACGUGAACUCGAGUAAAACUCACGCAUCGAGUUCAUAAACCACACGACUAUUGGAAUUCUUACAAACGACUGUGGGAAAACUACUUUUUAUUUUAGGUUUUAAAAAUAGAGGAGCGAAUUAAGAGAUCGAAAGAGAAGAGAAGAAAUAGACGUGGAUCGUUAACGUUACAAUCCAAUCCUCUUGAUGGAUUUGUAUGAGGUCAUCAAAACAAACUGGUGCUUAUAUCUCCUCGCCAGUUUGCACUGAUAGGCUAAUUUUUAGCAAAAGGGCUUUUUUAUCUUGUUCUUUCUGAAUACGCUAACCAAUCCCAUAAUUUCACAAAAAUUUUAAUUUUUGUGACGUCACACUUCUCUUCUCUAUUGGCUGAAAAAGGUCUGAAUGGAGGUCUUGAAAGGUUUCAAUAUUCAAACUGAAGCAGCCAUUUAUUUUGCAAAUACAAGUGUGAGCUAUUUGAUUGAACAGAUUGCACGUUUCAAAUUAUUUUCAAGAUCCUUUUUUUAAUUUUUGACACCUCUUUUGUUUGUCAGUCAGAAUCAAUGUGAAAUCAAAGUGCUUUGUAAGAACUACCGACGGAAUUUGCUGCGUCUUUCCCUUUCAAUAUCGCGGUAUCGAGUACACAAACUGCGCGACAUCAGAGGGGAAAUCCCCCAAGAUGCACUGGUGCGCCACCCAGGCUGGAUUUGAUGAAACAAGAAACGGAACAGGAUGGGGCUACUGCGCAGGUCAGUAAACCUCUGUGUGCCAUUGUCUUGAAAGAGACAUUUGGUUUAAAAUUCAGUGCCAACAAAAGUCAAUACCCCUGCCUCUGUAUAAUCAGUUGAGAACCUGCACAGUCACGUGGUGAAGUGACUAUACGCGCCCUGGAGUUGUAGGACAAUCAUUUCACCAACUAACAGUGUACAAUCUAGAACUUGGAAUAUUUACCGCAUUGCUAAUAGUGCGCUCGUAAGGUGUGCACNUGCGUCUUUCCCUUUCAAUAUCGCGGUAUCGAGUACACAAACUGCGCGACAUCAGAGGGGAAAUCCCCCAAGAUGCACUGGUGCGCCACCCAGGCUGGAUUUGAUGAAACAAGAAACGGAACAGGAUGGGGCUACUGCGCAGGUCAGUAAACCUCUGUGUGCCAUUGUCUUGAAAGAGACAUUUGGUUUAAAAUUCAGUGCCAACAAAAGUCAAUACCCCUGCCUCUGUAUAAUCAGUUGAGAACCUGCACAGUCACGUGGUGAAGUGACUAUACGCGCCCUGGAGUUGUAGGACAAUCAUUUCACCAACUAACAGUGUACAAUCUAGAACUUGGAGUAUUUACCGCAUUGCUAAUAGUGCGCUCCUAAGGUGUGCACAUUGUCCAUCUCGGGACGAUAUUAAUGGCAACAACGAAUAUAUAUGACUUACAAUUCUCUAGCAAUGAAAACGAUCAAAUAAGUAUGAUGUCUAGAGACUGAGUAUACAAUUUCCAUUAAAGCCGCUAGGUUUUUAUUAAAUAAUUGGUUAUAAUUAAAAGGAGAAUUUUGUUACUUGACUGGCCAGUAUUAUGUAGUAACUUGCCUUUAACUUCAGAAAGCAGCGAAACCGAGCGGACAUGUGAUAAAACUUGAUAUGGACUGUAGUGGUAAAAUGGACUGGAUUGAUAGAACAUGGAUUAAACAAAACAUGGAGUUAACCGAGGGGGUUAGAGCUUUGAAAUUGUAAUCCGCAGUCCCGAGUUUAAGAGUCCGGUCCUGACCACCAAUUGGAUUAAUUCACGUUCUGAUCCUGGAGUUCAAAUCCUUGACCACUCUGGUAAAUAGCUUACUGGUUUGUGUCCGUGAGUUUGGGACUCCUAACUUUAUGUUUAAUUAAAGUUACUUCUCUAAUUCACUGCUCGGCCACAAGCUUUUAUUCUACAAAUACUGCAGGCGCCAAUUUUUUGUGAAUUUCUUUUGCAGGAGCAACCUGCUUCACCUGUCAAAGCACAGAAUCAUGGAAGCAGUGUAACAUCAAGAGAGUUAAAAGGAUAUGUCCUUACGGUACAGAACACUGUGCUACGUUUAGCGGCCAAGAAAGCUCGAACGCCUCCAGUAACAUCAAGAAAAUAUUUAUAAAAGACUGCGCUGCUCAAACUGACUGUUAUAAUUCCGAUCGGCACUGUAAUAAGCAUACCGUUUUGGCUGGUACAUGCUCGUAUGAAUGUUGCCAUGGAGAUCUUUGCAACAAGGGUAGAAGCGCCAAAGAGAGUGUUAAUGUGAGACUGGUUUUAAUUAUCACUGUUUUCGCAGCUAUAAAAUUUUAUUCCGAGAUAACGUGAGCGUGCAGUUUGUGUACAUGGUCAUGAUGGACACUAAUAGCGUCCUAAUUACGGUCCUGGAUUUUACUGCGUAAAAGUGUUGCCGACUAGACGUCUGAUGACAUUCAACAAACAACUGUUAACAAAACAGUAGCUGCAAAGGUCAUCAGAGAAAACAAAGAAAGAGGGGAUGUAUUGGAGGUAGCAUUGCAUAGGUCACUUUUACAGCAUUUGACUUCACAAUCCCCAGUUCUUGCUUCAUUGGUUUGUGCACAAGUUUGGGUAGCAGUUCCACACAACCUGUCGUUGGAACAACUCCUUGCCACCUGAAAGAAAUAAUCAUUAACAUAUUAACUGAACUAUAAGUUCAAACACGCUGUUAUACAGACAAAAGAUCAGCGCAGCCAAAACUGCCGGUAUAAAACAGGCCCUAAAGUAUAAAAAUGAGGCAUCAUAUUCAGACAGGAAAAUAACGAGUUCCAAAGGUCAUCCAAAUUUCUAAGGGGACAAAUCAGAUAAGAGUAAUUUUAAUUGACACGUAAAACAGAUUAUAACAACUAGUGCAAAAUAGCUAUAUAACCAAACAUAAGAAGACAAUAGAUUAACUGCACGCACAAUAGUGCGUACCUUAUUACUUAUUUCUUAUUUUCGCGCGACUUUAAUUUCGCGAAUUUGGAAUAGAAAUAUUUCGCGGGACCAGACCUAUCAUACAUUCUACAUUUCACUUUCUUACAUUGCAUUAAAAUUAC